AUGCCCGCCCGUUCGAUGACUAGGUCCCAUGCAAUUGCAUCGCUUCAACAAACUGCUCGGUUCUCCUAUCGAUCAUGUCCGCUCUGCUCAACUCCACUUCUUGUUAGAAUUCACGGGUCAUUUGUAUACAAAUGGUUAAAUAGUCACUUUGCGAAAUCCCACCACGAAUUCAUGCAUCUCGUAGUCAACCUUCAUCCCUCAAACCAUUAG